AUGGCAGGUGGAUUGGGGGAGGAAGAACUUGAUUUCCUGAUUGACUGUCAGGAAGAAUUGGUGGAAUGUGACUUUCCCCCUCAGGGCGUGGUGGUGGGAGCCGUCCCUCGACACCUCCUGGUCGUCCCAGAGGCCGAGCUGAUGGCGGACGUCAUGAACGGGACCUUUGGGCGCCUCCCGCUCUUGGCCCCCGUCAGAAAGCUGAAGCGAGAGCCCUGUGUCCAGUGCGAGGCCACCGAUGACUGGGAGCACAUGUUUGGGAAGAGGAAGGUGGCCAACGAGAGGGAACGUCUCAGGGUUAAGAACAUCAAUGGUGGCUUCUCAAAGCUGAAGAGGAUCGUGCCUUUGAUUCCCAGAGACCGUAAACCAAGCAAAGUGGAUGUGCUCAGGGGGGCCACAGAUUAUAUUCGUCUCCUGCGUGUGGUGUUGGAAGAAAAUGGAGGAUUGACGGAAGGUCUCCAGGACAAGCCCCUGAAUGAAGAGUUGGUGGAACCAGGAGAAGGCUCGGCUGGGCCGGUCAGCACAGACGCUCAGGAUGACGCUGCAGUGGGAAGGCCCUACGAUCCGGUUGAUGGUCACGACGAAGCCAAGUGGGUGUAUUACCCGAUGAAGAGCGUAUCCCAGCCACAGAGGGCAAACAUGAUAUUCCAACCGACUGAACACAUGGGUUAUGCUGCUCCCUAGAGCAAGUCCUGCAGAUCACUGAAGUUACGAUGUUUAACUUGUGCCUUUGUGAUGACUGAAGGGAGAGGAGGAAGGGAAGACUCAAUAAAAAGAGGAGACCAUUUCAGUACUCGAGGGCAGUCCACAUGCGAUUACAUUUUGCACUUUUGUUCCAGGUUCCAGAAGCACACAUGAUUAUUAAUAACA